AUGGCGCUGAUAUUGAUUCUGUACAAGGUUCUUACCAGGGCGACAGCAUUGUUGUGUACAAUUGUUGGCCUGAUAUACUACUUCUUCCUUCGCCCACCCAGAGAACCAAAGCACAUUCCAGCAGUGCCCUUCUGGGUCACCCUUGUUCCGCUGUUCAAAGAUACCGAUCAAUUGAAGCUCUACAAGAAAUACAUCAAAGAGCCGCUUCUGAGACAUGGCGCUGUCAAAAUCUUCUUUGGAUCACAGUGGAAUCUGCUUGUUCAGCGGCCUAGCUAUGUUGCCCAGAUCUUCAAGCAUGAGGAUGAUUACAUGAAGAGUGGCAACCAGAAGAAGAUCCCUGGGAGCGUCCUAGCAAGCUUCCUGGGUGACAAUAUCAUUUCCAGUCAUGGAAACGUCUGGCGACUGUAUCAAGAGAUCAUAAAGCCGGGUCUGCAAGGAGGGUGGAGCAUCGAUGCUGUUCACGAUACCGCCUCCAUACUUCUAUCACAACUCAUCGAUGGGACAUACUCAGAGGGUCCUACACCGAAGUCGAUACCAGUCCAAGAAUACCUCCAACGAUACACAAUCGCAAACCUCGUCCAGACUCUGCUCGGUGUCGAUGUCAACAUGAUCCACGACCAAACCUUCGAAAUCAGCAAGAUCCAAACUCGAGUCAAAGGCCAAAUCUUCAACCCCAUCUUCAUGAACUUCCCCUACCUCGACACCUUGGGCCUCACAAGCCGCGAGGCCGCCCGUCGCGAUGCAGGUCAUUUCACAGAUCGCCUCUUAUCCAUGCUGAAUGGCCCUCGAGGCAUAUCCGAAAAGCAAUCCGACUCGAUACCAGAAAAUCAAUACAAACCCGUCGGCCAUCGGUUGAAGGACGCCUGGCGCGACGGACGAAUCACGGAAUAA